UGUGUGUGUGUGUGUGUGUGUUCGUUCAGUUCUCAGCCCCGGUAUUGUGACAUUGUCCGUAUGUGUGUCUCUUCAUAUUGAUAAGCAAACAUAUAUUCUACAGAUGUUAUUUAAAUACUUUCAGUCAGACUGGAGGAUCCUCAACCACAGACAAAUUUUUGGCUAACCACUACCACCCACGCCACCACCACCACCCACGCCACCACCACCCACGCCCACACCCACGCCCAUGGCUCGCGUGACUCUGACGCCAGUACCCAUGACCCGUAUGACCCACACGUCAGCACCCACGCCCAUCACCCGUGUCACGCCCACGCCAACACCAGAACCCACGGCCCGUACGACGCCCACGCUCUCACCCACGCCCACGACCAGAUGCUGUGCUUGGGGACACCACACCACAGACAAGGACUUCACUAGAGAGCGGCCGCUGGAGCAGGUAGUGGAGCUCAUCUGUCAGGAGUCCACAGCCCAUGGCGUUGGUCACACCUGGAACAACCGCAGGAACUUCCUCGGGGUGUUCUGGUUCAUCGUCACUGCCUCCCUCUUCAUUCUCCUGCUUCUCUUGUCUGCUAGACUUUCGUGCGACUUCGUGCAGAGGGACGUUCAGUCACAGGCGAGUGCUUCCCGAGUCGUGUAA